CACGCACUCGACUUCGGAAGAUCGAAAAUUUUAAUCCGCAACCCCAGGGUUGCGCAAAAUCCAUUCGGUGGACGCACGCGCACAGAGCGGAAUGGGGAGUCGAAGGUUCGCGCAGUUCCCAACGAGCGAUGAUGACGAGGAGGACGAGCCGCAUCCUCCUGGGAAGCGAGUCACUCGCUCCUCGAAGAAUCCCGUGGAGAGCGAGGCCGACUCCAGGAGCAAGCGCCGGAAGCUGGUGAAGCUCGUGGACGAGGACGAGGACGGGGGCGGAGGCGAACCUGAGGCUGAUCGGGAGGGUGGGCGAGAGGAGAAGAGUGCGAAUAAUGCGAAGAGGAGGAAGAAGAAGGAAGAGGAAGAGGAGGAGGAGGAGGAGGGUCCAGAGGAGGAGGUGGAGGAGGAGGAGCCCGACGAGGAUGCCAAGCCGAUCGGCGACGCGGUUAGGUUUUCCGGCAAGGGGAGGGGGCGGAAGAGCCAUUAUGAGGCGUUCGAGUUGGAUGGAAAUCAGUACGAGCUCGAGGAUCCUGUACUUCUGGUCCCCGCGGAAAAAGAUCAGAAACCGUAUGUGGCUAUUAUCAAGGAUAUUGCACAAACCACAAAAGGAAGCAUAAUGGUUACUGGGCAAUGGUUCUACCGCCCUGAAGAGGCAGAGAAAAAGGGAGGUGGGAGUUGGCAGUCGCGUGACACUAGAGAGCUAUUUUAUAGUUUCCAUCGAGAUGAGGUCCCUGCAGAAUCCGUGAUGCACAAGUGUGUGGUGCACUUCGUUCCGAUUCACAAGCAACUCCCUCAUCGAAAACAAAAUCCUGGUUUCAUAGUGCAGAAGGUUUAUGACACUGUUGAAAAGAAGUUAUGGAAGCUGACUGACAAGGAUUAUGAAGACAAUAAACAACAUGAGAUAGAUCUUCUCGUUCAAAAAACCAUGCAACGCUUGGUAGAUCUCCCAGAUAUCGACACAGAGGAUGCUCAUGCUGAACAGGAAGAUCAGUUGAAGAGGAAAAGGAGCUUCCGAAGAAGGAAUGUGUCCCCUUUGGAUGUCUCCAGAGAUGAAGAUUCAGCCAAAUCAGAUCAACACUUUAAAGCUGAAACACCAGGAAGUUGUACAAGUAAUGCCUCCGAAUACUAUGCCAUUUUAGUCCGGUUUAAUGAACUAACUGGAGAAAGCGCUCGUGAUAAAUGGUUAGAGAGGCUUCUUCAGGCAGUGCAGUAUGUUUGCAUUUCUGAGGGAACUAAUGAUGAAAAUGGAACUAAAUGUUCAGAAGGAGUCAAUGGAUCUCAAGAACAGCAAAUGAAGGGUGAGCAUCCUUUAAUUUGGCCAGAUGCUGCGGUGUCAGCGGUAACUGCCCUUGAGAAGGCUUCACAUCAAACCUUUUCAUCAGAUUUUCAGAAAUAUAAUCAGAAGUUGAGGCAGUUAUUGUUCAAUCUGAAGAAUAAUGCGCUUCUAGCCCGCCGUUUGUUAAAGGGAGAAUUGGAACCUUCCAAGAUACUGAACAUGUCACCCAUUGAGUUGAAGGAGGGCUUGACUGCGGAGGAGACAGCAAGAAAUGAGCCAGAGGAGUCAGAGCGCAUGCAGAUGACAGAUGCCCGUUGUUCUAGAUGCAGCGAGUUUAAAGUCGGUGUGAGAGACAUCAUCCAGGCUGGACAUGGAGAUCGGUAUCAGCUGGAGUGCAUUGCUUGUGGACAUUCCUGGUAUGCAUCCAGAGACGCAGUGUCAAUGCUGACAAUAGAUGGGCCGAGCUCCACCAGAAGUGUGGGUACCGCACCAUGGGCGACUACCAAGUUUGAAAGCGUGGAGAAGCAGCUGGCCAGUCCCCGAGAGUCUACCAAGCCACCGGACGAUGCUUUUAAGAAAAGCACUGAAGUCAAAAUCCCAGUUUUAGAAAGGCAGAAAUCCAUUAGCAAGUCCAAGUUAGAGGAUAACUCCGAAAUCACAACUAAGUAGGCUCCUCCUGCACCUUCAUAUAGCAUUCACUAGCUCAGCAGUGGUCAGCGAAGGGAAUUAGGAUCGUGAUGUACAGGUUGUCAUGGAUAGUCGUGCUGUUGUCGUUCGUGUUCAUACGUAGGUGUAUAUCCUCCUAAUAUCUAGUCAUGAAAUCGUAUCGAGACUGACCGAGGUAGAAAUGACUGGUUUCAUUUGGGAGAUGCAUACAGUUUCUUGUCUGAUCUUUUCAAGACAAAUGAGCGAAUGGAGGAUUUGUUUGCAGUAUGGUUGUUGUGGCGUGCUGAGUAGGGUACAGGCUGCAAUAUAACCUGCAGUGUGAUUGUU